AUGCAGACACGUUCGCAGUCGAAUACAAGAGCUGUUUUAGCUACAUCACUUUAUGCAACCUGUAUAGUUAAGGAAGCAAAUAUGUCGGGCGUUCUGGGAGCGCUAUUUCUCCUCCUUGCAGCAACUGCUGCUCUGAAAACCGUCUUAGACGAAAAACAAGACCAAAAAGAUGCAGCCGAACCUGUGGAAUUCAUGAACAUUCCUGCAGCUUUAGAGGAGGGCAUAAGCAAAGAUGACUUCGACGAACUUUAUUCUCAACGUGCAGAUAUAAACGGUAAGAAAGCUAAAGAGAUUAGAGAGUAUCUGAGAUGUUUUGGGUAAAAAUUAUCUUUAUUUCUUGCCGUGCAGAAAGCUUUUCUUAAAAUCAACGGAGAAGAUGUAUAGGAUGAACUUUCUGGGGGAAAGGGAGGGACCUCCUACAAUGGCCUGCACGGGAGGCUCCGCCCAGGGUAUAGACAUAUAAAAGGGUAGAUACUUCAAGGGUAAGGGGUUACAUUAGGGACGGAGCCUCCCUGUCAAAAUUUUUUUUAUUUUCUUUCUCCCCCCCGGGAUGCGCAUUUGUAUGUUAUUCCGCUGGUUAUUCCAUGGUGGCAGACACAUGACCAAUACCCUCGUGGGAGCGUAUUCAAUGCUCAUUGCCCUCUUGUGCAGGUGGUAAAGACAAAGAUGAAGACGAUGAAGAUACUCAGGAUUAAAAUAUAUGUGACAGCGGACAAGCGUCAGCCAAGGACCUUUUCUAGUCCAUGCAUCAAUCAAGAACACUGAACAGGGGGGGCCCAAGGUCUUAAACUCGUUUUGCCUUGAGGGUGGCAAAAUAUAGGCUAUUAUUUCAAACUACGUUGCUGGCUUCCGGACUGGAUUGCAGUCUUAGAAUUUUAUUUUGGCGAGGUUUUAAUUUUCAUUCCUCGAGAUGAGAGGUGAAAGAUUUAAAACUGGUUUAAUAUGACAUACAUGAGAGCAGAAAACUUUUUUAAACUUUAUUUACGUGUCAGGAUAUUAAGCUUACAAGCUUACAGGUUCUUUUCUAUUUGACUCAUUUGCAGAUGCUGCAAGCGUGGAGAACGAGAUGAACGAAGCCUUUAAAGAAAACAGUAAAGAUAUCGAAUUUGACGAGAGGGGCGAAACUUCUAACGAAGACAAAUUAGGAGACAUAGAAGGCGAAACUGAAGACGCUUCAAACGAAGAAAGUAAAAUUGACAUAGCCCAGGGCAUAGAAAAGACUUCUUUUGAAGACAGUGAAGUUAUGGCAAACGAGAUGGACGGAAAGUUUGACGAAGAUGGCAGAUACAUCAUAAAUGAUAGAAGGGACGAAAGUUUUAACGAAGACAACGAUGGUAGGGCAGAGUAUAAGAUGGACGAACGUUCUGAAGAAGAUUCGAUACCUGAAGAAUAUAUCGAAUAUAUCACAAUUAAUGAUGGCAUGGAAGAAACUAUUAACGAACAUAAACAUGGCGCCAUAGACGAAGAUCUCGAAGAUGGGUACGCGCAAGGUAAUGUAGUUUUUUAACCUCAUGAAAGAGAAUAUGAAAAUAGUUUUAGCUACACCUCGUUGCUUCUACAAAACUAAAAGUUUCACAAGAACUGAAAAAUUUAGAUCGAAGCGGUUUUGAGACUGACAUGUAACUAAAUUGCAAUUCAACAAUUUCUAAAGGGGUCACAAAACUCGUUUCUAAGUUAUAAGUAACAUAAGAUAAAUAAGUUAAAUUAAGGGUGCUUUGACAGACUAUACAGUGGCUAUGGUAAAUGUUACACAACAAAAGUUAUUGGACGUAUUUUGGUGUCAUCCGACCAUAAUUAUCCUUUUUAUAUCAGUAAUAUCAUGCACUCGUCCUGACAAUUUUACACAUUGUUUUAACUUUGAUUAGAAUUUACCGUGGAGGAAGAAGAAAAUUUCCCUUAUACGUUUGAAAAUCAAAAAGACACAGUGCGCCAUUGUGGUUUUGGGAUCUACUACAACUCUUCUCACCAAGGGUGUUGUGGUAACAAGCAUCGAUACAACUUACGAACUCAGCAAUGUUGCAAUGGAACCGUGGUUAGCCUUUUCUACCUAAAGUGCUGCAAUGACGGGAGCGUUGCCUCGAGGAAUUCUUCAUGUAGCCUGCCAACCAAGUGCGGGAUUGUAAGAUACAACAUCUCAUAUCAAGGGUGCUGUACUGGGACAUCUCGCAAUUACGUGUAUGAACUAAGCACCCAAAAGUGUUGUUAUGGUCGUGUCUACCCUAAUAGUAUUCCAUGUCUACCAAUAUGUGGUUACGGGUUCUAUAACGCAUCGCAUCAGGGGUGUUGUGAUCGCAGAUAUGUGUAUUACCUGAGUAACGAGAAGUGCUGUUAUGGUCUUGUAAUUCCCAAAAACGAGUCCUGUGUGCAUUCCUAUAACUGUGGUAAUAUCAGGAACUACGAUCCAACGAUCUACGGAUGUUGCGGUGGCGACUACUUGUACUUUUUGAAGUAUAGGAAAUGCUGUUAUGGUCAUGUCAUUUCCAAAAACGACUCUUGUCUACCCUCCCGCGGAUGUGGUUACUCAAGUUACAACCCCGCGACCCAUGGUUGCUGCCAAGGAAAAUUGACGUACUCUUUGAAAUAUCAGAAGUGCUGUUAUAGCCGUGUUAUUUCCAAGAACGCUCCUUGUAUCCCAAGGUGCGGUCACAAGAACUACAAUGCAUCUUUCCAAGGGUGUUGCGCUGGCAAAUACAUCUACUACCUGAAUACUCAUAAGUGCUGUUAUGGUCUUGUGAUUGCUCAAAACGAUUCCUGUGUGCCUUUCCCUAAAUGUGGCUACUUAAGCUACAACCCAGCGACGCAUGGAUGCUGCAAUGGAAGAUAUCGGUUCUCCUUAAAGUAUUAUCAGUGCUGCUAUGGUCGUCUCAUUCCAAACAAUGCCUAUUGUGUACCGUACCGCAAAUGCGGUUUCGUAAGCUACAACCCAACCAUCUACAGAUGUUGCGGAGGCCAAUACCUGUACUUUCUGAGGUACAGCAGGUGUUGUUAUGGUCAUGUUAUUCCCAGACGCCACUCUUGUGUACCUUUCCGCAAAUGCGGUGAUUCAAGUUACAACCCCAAAACCCAUGGGUGUUGCAAAGAUCGUUCCGUGUACUCUUUGAAAUAUCAAAAGUGUUGUUAUGGUCGUGUAAUCCCAAAAUCCUACGCAUGCACGAGUUACAUGUGUGGACUGUACCCCUACAACCCACGAACAGAAGGUUGCUGUAGUGGCAGGAGAAGAUACAAAAAAAGGAUCAAGAGGUGCUGUGAUGGUCGCGUGAUCUCCAAGAAAUCCACAUGCCUACCCAAAUGUGGUAAAGUCAGCUAUGAUCCACGAAUACAAGGUUGCUGUAAUGGCAAGUACAAGUACAGCAAAACGUUCCAGAAGUGCUGUAAUGGUCGUGUGAUCUUCAGGAUAUCCACAUGCUUAGCCAAAUGUGGUAAAGUCACCUACGAUCCACGAAAACAAGGUUGCUGUAAUGGCAAGUACAAGUACAGCAAAAGGUUUAAGAAGUGUUGCUACGGUCGUGUGAUCUUCAGGAUAUCCACAUGCUUACCCAAAUGUGGUAAAGUCACCUACGAUCCACGAAAACAAGGUUGCUGUAAUGGCAAGUACAAGUACAGCAAAAGGUUUAAGAAGUGUUGUUACGGUCGUGUAAUCUCCAAGAAAUCCACUUGCCUAUUAUACCCAAAUGUGGCAAAGUCUCCUACAAUCCACGAAUACAAGGUUGCUGUAAUGGCAAGCAAAGAUACAACAAAAGGUUUAUAA